GUUGUGACCACGUUCUCAACUGGUGGGCCACUUUCUGACCCGGCCCCUUAAUUUCAGAAGCAAGGAAGGGAUUUGACGAAGUUUCCCAUUCGCAUCGCGCUUGCCCACGUACAGCAGUCAUGGCGCCCCUGGACCUCGAAGUCCCCGUCUUCUCGCCUGGCUCUGCACGCGUGGCCCUCACCAGAGCAAGCCGCCUCGAGCUCAACCGGGCAGGCUCGUACCCCCAAGGUGGCCUCACGCCUGAGUUGUCCGACGUGCAGAGUCUGUCGGCGGUGGCCGUUCCGCUGAGGAUCAUGAUCCGGCCACGUGGCCCCCCAGAGACCGGCCCCGACUUCAUCUACUCACCCAGCGAGCUCGAGGCGAUGAGGCGCGACAUCCAACGCUUCAAGGACUCGGGGCACCUCCGCCCAGAAAGGGGCGACGGCUUCGUCUUCGGGAUCCUGAGGGCGGCACCAGAUGACGGCCCGGGGGGAGGAGGCCUGCUCGUCGACGCCGACAGGAACGCCGAGCUCGUCCGGCUGGCGAGCCCCCUCAGGUGCGUGUUCCACCGGGCUUUUGACGAGGUCCUCGGCAGCGGCGGCGGCGAUAGUGGCGGGCCCGAGGCGGCGGUGCGCUCCGUCAGGGCGUGCGGGUUCGACGGGAUCCUCACCUCGGGCGGCCCGGGCUCGGCGGCCGACAACCUGGGCGUGCUGGCCCGCGUGGUCCGCGCCGCCGCCGCGGAGGGCGUCGAGGUCGUCGUGGGGGGCGGCGUCAGGGGCGCCAACGCGCGGGUGCUGAGGGAGGGGCUGCCGCGGCCUGAGGGCUCGCGCGUCUGGUUCCACUCGUCUUGUUUGACCGGGCAAUCUGGAGACGUUGUUGAUGUGGAUGAGCUGGGUAGCCUUGGGGAUGUUCUAUCCUAG